AUGUCAUUUGAGCUUCACAAGGCUGCCCAGGAGGGCAAUGGACUCAUUGUGGACGGGCUAAUGAGCCAGAAUCCACGGCUGGUGCUUCAAAGCGACGAAGACUCGCGAACACCGCUCCAUUGGGCCUGUACAUUCCAGCACGAGCAGAUCGUCAAACGACUGCUGGCUGUUCCAAAGAGUCAGUUCGAGGUCGACAUAGACGAGAUGGUCGACGAAAGCGGAUGGACGCCGUUCCACGUGGCCUGCUCCGUGGGGAACCUGGAAAUUGUGAAGCUGUUGGCGCAACAUGAUCCUGCUCCAGAUGUCAAUCUGGCCACCAGCAGCGGCCAAACGGGGCUGUUUUACGCUGUGAGUAAGGGCCACUACGAUGUGGUGGAGUAUCUCGUCACGGAAUGUAAAGCCAGCGCCAGAAUAAAAGAUAAGCGUGCGCAGUUACCAUUGCAUCGUGCUGCUUCCAUCGGAGCGGAGAAGAUCUGCGAGCUGCUGGUCAAGAAGGCCAACUCGCCGCUCAAUGCUCAGGACAUUUACGGGUUCACAGCGCUUCACCACGCGCUCAGUGAAGGACAUGGCGAUUUGGCAUUAAAGUUAGUGAAACUUGGGGCAGACUUCAAAGUGGCAGACAAGGACGGUCAAUUGCCCGUGGAUGUGGCUGUUGACGACAAGGUGCGCAAGUUUUUUGUGAAAAGUCUUCAGAACGAAGGAUUAAUCGAGUCCGCUUAA